AUGGAGGCGCCGCUGCUCGCCGGCGAGGAUGGCGACUACGCCGCGGUCAAGACUUGGCCGAAGCUGCAGUUGGUGUUUUGGACGGAGACGCAAAAGCCGUGGAAGAUUGCCGAGCCGAUUGCCUUCAACACGGAGUGCCAGUUCAGGCUCAACUCCGUCACGGUCAUGUUCGUCGGGCACAGCGGCGACGUCGAGCUCUUCGGCGUGUCCAUUUCCCUCUCGGUCAUCGACAGUUUCGUCUUUGGAUUCAGAGAGAGAGAGAGAGAGAGAGAGAGAGAUUUCUACUGA